GUUUCUACCGUUUUUUGAAACAUAAAUGGCAGAAACGUUAUCAAACGAGCCCUCGGUCUUAUAUUUGGACAAAACAUAUCAAUAAAAACAACUGUCUUUUUUCUCAACUAAAUGGGGUCGAUUACAUUCAUCCAAACAUGUGAAAAAGAUGCAAGACGUUUAAAUCAGUUAAACUAAAAACCCACCUCAAGGGGUUGAACGAAAUAAAAAACAUGAUGUAUUUAAAAAGGUUUAAAAGACAUGAAUCUGGAUCCGGAUGGGUCCGGCCAAUGGAAAUCGGGGAAAAAUCCCCUAACCCAGUUUUCGUGUAGGUUCAAUCUGAUCUGGAUUGGCCGGAAUCGGCCGACCCAUCUAUUCGAUCCGACUUUUUCAAACCCUGGAUGUAAAAACAAUAUGAGUCAAUGAAGACACGUGGCAUUCUCGUUAGCAGCCACAUGAGCUGCUGUCACCGCAACCUCAAUUCUUUCUUAGUUCACAUGUGGCAGUCGAUAGUUAGUCCACUUGUGGGAACGUUGAUUCCACACGUAUCAAAACAGGUUUGGAAUUAGUUUUUCGGACACUCCAAAGACCACCCGGAGCCCCGAAGACGUAGACCCAAUCUUCUUCCUAUCCAAAUUUUCUACCGAGAUGACGACUGUGAUGACGAUGUCAUUCAAAUGACGUUUUAAUUUAGUCGUUUACCUUCAAAUGACGGUUUAAUUUAGUUGUUAACCUUCACCGCCGUUAUAUCAUUGGUUGGAUCCUGGAAUCUGGACUCAACCUUCCCCAAUCGGAUAUGGAACGAGUCCGAUCAGGGGCACCAUCACCCCAUAGAAGAAACGUUUAAGGGCUUGUUUUCCCGUAUCGGAAUCUCUCAAGGGUCCUCGUUCUGGUUUAGAAUUAGAAGAUCAGUUACAGAGACGACCUCAUUGUUUCGUUCCUUCUUCUCCCCUCUUCAGUCUCUACACCACAGUAGAAACCCUAGAAACUCUUUCUCUCUCUCUCUCUCUCUCUCUCUCUUGCUCAAUGGUCUCUAGCCAUUAAUCUAAAGUCUUCUACUUUGUGUUUCUCACUUUCUUUUUUGGGUUUGAACACAAAUAGUAUUUUCCUUUCGUGAUUCCAAGUGAGGAAGCAAGCUCGCCUCUUCAGCAAUUCCUAUCUUUCAGUUGGGUUGAUUCCCACUUUCUCGGAAUUUUUUGAUUCUUUUAUUCUCACAAGUCACUACACCUUUUCUCUACCUCCCAUUAAUCCAUCAUUUUUGGGUUUUAGCCUUUUUCGUUUUUCUUUUCUGCUGCUUUGAUUAUUUGAGAAGUAAGGGGAUUGAAAGGGAUGGUGGGUUCAAGGCAUACCCUUCCAUCAUGGAUUAGUGCAGCGGCGUGGAGUGUUGAUUUCGAUGGUAAGGUGUCUUCUGUAUCGGAAGCCAUGUUCACAGAGGGGAAGGAAGCUUCGCCUCCUCAACCCCACCGCUCUAACUCCGAUGCCAAUUUGAAUUUCGGAGAACGGGCCGUCUCUGCUGCUGGUGCCGCUGUUCUAUCGGCGAUCCUCGUUAAUCCCCUUGAUGUCGUCAAGACAAGGUUGCAAGCACAGGCUGCUGGAGUUCCUUAUUCACGUACAAGGCACCAUGUUAGUGGCCGUAUGGCCUCUCUUGGACCAAAUACGUUAUUUUCAGAUCUGAGAUGUUCUCCAUAUUGCCCUCGUGGUGGAAUGGUUGGUACUGAAGCAGUUUGUCCUCCUGAUUGUUUUCAGUACAAAGGAACAUUGGAUGUCUUCUACAAGAUAAUACGACAGGAGGGAUUUACAAGGCUGUGGAGAGGCACAAAUGCAGGUUUAGCAUUGGCAAUACCAACUGUGGGGAUAUACUUACCUUGCUACGACCUUUUCCGCAAUUGGAUUGAAGAGUUUACAUCCCAGAAUGCUCCAUACUUGACCCCGUAUGUCCCCUUAAUUGCUGGCUCAGCAGCACGUUCAUUAGCUUGCAUUUCUUGCUAUCCUAUUGAACUGGCCAGAACCCGAAUGCAGGCAUUUAAAGAGAUAAAAAUUGGCACCAAGCUUCCAGGAGUAUGGAAGACUCUCCUUGGGGUCCUCUCCCCCGUCAGGGGCUCAAGUAAUAACUUCCAAAACUUGCAAAGCUACCGCAUUCUGUGGACUGGAGUUGGAGCACAACUUGCUCGUGAUGUUCCCUUCUCUGCAAUUUGCUGGUCAACAUUAGAGCCCAUUAGGCGAACUCUUCUUGCUCUGGUGGGUGAAGAAGCCAAUGCAGCAAGUAUCCUUGGGGUAAAUUUUGCCGCGGGUUUUGUUGCUGGUAGCCUUGCUGCUGCUACUACAUGUCCUCUAGAUGUUGCAAAAACCCGAAGGCAAAUAGAGAAGGAUCCAACGAGGGCAUUAAAAAUGACAACAAAGACGACACUAAUGGAGAUCUGGAGGGAUGGAGGUAUGAAAGGACUCUUUACAGGCGUUGGUCCACGUGUUGGUCGUGCUGGUCCAUCAGUUGGAAUUGUUGUUUCCUUCUAUGAAGUUGUGAAAUACAUUCUACACCAGAGAACUGCAACCUCAUAAUACAGAGAGUUUGAUCUAUUGAGGAUUUCAAUCUUUGCACAUACUUGCGGCCCGAAACAUACAAUAACCACUGCUAGCUUCUAUAAAAAUGACUCGGCUCGAAGAUGAUAAAAUGUUGUUUGCACCAUGGUGGAAGUGGAACCAUGCUUCAAGAGCACAUUGCUGGUGAUAGUUUUCUGUAUACCCAAUUUUUGACUGUGAAUAUGUAUUUUUUUUUCAUAAGAAAUCAAACUAAUAUAACUUAAUUAAAUACAAAGUUUAACUAUAUCCUCCA